AUGCCACAGUUUCCGUUUGUCAUAAUUCCAGACUCCAUGAAUGCAAUCAGUAUCCGCCGAGAAUAUCCUUUCCUAUUCCUGGUUAUCAUGGUUGUCAGUACGGAAGGCCAACCGGCCUUACAGAAGACUUUGGACUAUGAAGUCAAGCGAACUGUCAGUACUCGUAUCAUUAUGAAUAAUGAACGGAACAUAGAUCUCCUGUUAGGUCUCCUUGUCUAUACAGCGUGGUACCACUAUCACUGGGAGUCAAUGCUGCCGCACAUGUAUCUGUUCCUUCAACUCACCGUCACAAUGGCUGCUGACCUUGGGCUUGAUCGUGAACCGAAUUUCACCAUGCGGAACAUUGCAGCCGGCUUAGGAAGGCCUACUAGCGCGCAUCAGCUGAGCGAGGGCCAUUCGGCCGCUGGGAAGAGGGCCCUCCUGGGUACCUUCUAUUUGUGCUCGGUGUCGUCGCUCUUUCGACAGCAGUUGUUCAUGAAACAUACCAAUUGGAUUAAUCAAUGCUGUGAUGACUUGAUGAAGAAUCCUGAAUUCCCAUCUGAUCAACUUCUGAAAAGAUAUAUAGAGGUGCGACUGCUAGCACAAAAGAGCGCAGAGGUAUUCAGUGGCAAUUUCCACAGGCAUACACAUUCACCCUCAAAUGGAGAAAGGAGAUUAGAGGCUAGAAUCCAGGAACUUAACAACGAAUUUGGUUUAUUUCAAGGUAUCAAAUAUGAGGAUAGAGAGCAAGGAAGCAACACCUGCGCUUAUGUAUUCGAAAUGAACGUCAAACCAGUUAUCGUUCUUGGACAAAUAGUCUACCACAGGAAUGGCGCGUUCCUUCUCGAUGAAAUGGACCAGCUUGACGACCUCAUUUCAUCAGCAGAGAGCUUCAUUUCCUCCUUUCUUGAGACCUUACCUGAAAUUGCAAUCCACCUCCCUCUAUCCUUCUAUACCUAUCUCUGGAUCAAAUGUGAUGAAGUGAGACCAGCCUGCAAUGGCUGUCUGCGCCAUUCAGUCGUGUGUGACUAUCAGCUCGAGGAAGCGAGUUCCAACGCCAAUUCGCAGCCGGUAGUGAAGGCGCCUAAGAAGGUGGCAGCUAAGCGUCACACGUUCAUUUCGUCGUAUCAAUCCAACUUCAAGACACCAAAGCGUGCACAUAGAACUCGCAAGUCAUUGGUAACGCAACUACUACAAUUUUCCUCAUCUGGCCGAAUUCUUCCAGCAUUGCCAUGUCGACCAUUUGAGUUUAGCAUCGUCGAUAUGGAGCUGUUCCAUAACUUCGUAAGUCCAACGGACUAUGGCGCUUCAGACUAUCAAAGUGCAACGAGACUUUACCACUCUCAACUUACUCGCCUGGGUUUCUCUUUCCCGUAUGUGCUACGCCUCCUGCUUGCUUGCUCGGGCUUUCAGUUAGCACGGCGGCCAGAGAUUAUGCAGCAGCAACAAUCUGCCAUACAGAGAAAAGAUUAUCAUGUGGUAGCUGAACGCCAUUAUAACAUUGCCAUUCGAGAAGUGGCAGUUGAAGUACCACGGCUAAACAAAGAGAACUGCCAUGCAAUUUAUACCGCCGCUGUGCACAUCUUCAUCUCCUCACUUGCCAUGGGGCCUCGACCAGGGGAGUACAUGGCAUUCCGAGAUGAUGGUCAGCCGGGCUUGCUAUCCUUAUUCAUGGGUGUCCGGACAGUAUUGGAGAUAAGCAGCAAGCUGUUUUCACCAGAUGUAGUUUUAAAGGGUGAUGAAGGGGAAUCGGGUUCCGGGUCAGAAUCGAACGCAGGGACAAUAGGCUGCGUCAGAAGUUCCACUAUCGCUUCCGAGUAUGGCUAUUGGAUGGACCAGUUGCGACAUCUUAUAGAAUCCGAACUUGGUACGCAAGACCCGCGUUAUUCAAAUUAUUAUAUGGUAUUUGAACGGCUUCACCAGUGCUACGAUGCUCUCUAUAGCCCCUUUUCGCCCAUAACGACUGCACUUUUAUGGCCAUGUCUCUUCGGAUGGCUCUACAGACUACCGGAUGUUUUCAUGUUUGCAGUUCAGCAGCGAGAUCAGCCCGCAUUGGUGAUAUUUUCGUAUUUCGUCGUUUUGUUGAAUGAGCUCACCUGGAAUUGGUUCCUUGAAAACUGGCCUACGCACAUUCUCACUGGCAUUCACCGUAACCUCGACGUCUACCACCAACAAUACAUGCAAUGGCCCAUGCACUGCGUGACAGUCAAAGUCUAG